AUGCUACACUACGGGCCAACAUACAUAUGGCGUCCGGACUCGGGCCCAUCGGAACAGAACAUGUUCUCGCGCAACUUUGUGCAGUGGCUCCUUCGCGAACCCGCACUCUCCGAAGCAGUCUUCGCAGCGGCGCGCCGCCAAGUGGCCUUUGAGGCACAAUCCGAGACAGAAUCGCCGCUCAGCUCGAUGCAGCACUACAACAAAGCCAUCUCGCUCCUCCAGCGGCGCGUGUCCGAAGCAUCAGCCGCCUUCGACGACGCUAUAUACUGGGCCGUCAUCGCGCUCCUCGUCAGUGACCAAGAGCGCGAAGACUGGCACAGCUAUGCGGUCAAUCUCGACGGGAUCCGACGAAUCGUCCAGAUCCGCGGAGGCGUGAAGGCGCUCAAAGCCUCUUGUGGUCGAUCGUUCAAGUUCUAUCUGUGGGCGGAGUCCUGCUGUUCUAAUCGCGAAGACCUCAUCACUCAAGAAGAGUCUGAACAAGUUUCGACGACGCCGAUACCUGCCGUCUUCGAAGCGCCAUUGGAGGAUUUAGUGCCUUUUGUCCGCCGCCAUUCACCGGGUUUCGUGCAAAUGAUCGAGCAACAUCCAUUCCACUGCGAAACCAUGACGAUGAUUGAUUCCACGCUGAAAUGGUACCAUGCUCAAACAUGCGCCACCAACGGAGGAAGAAGUCCGCAAGAAGGACUCGGAUCGCGCAAUAGUCUCACCGAGCGUUUGCACAGGCUAUUGCAGAAAGGAGCCAUCAGCGACAGAGAACGCCUGGUGUGUGUAGGGUUGCUUGUGCUCGUCCUGACCCUGCCGCCUGUCUAUAUGUCAGAGCAGUACUCUCGCACACUGAGCAGAUACGUCUCCGGAUUUCAGGCCUUAAGUGGAAGCAUUGCCCAAGAAGACUGCACACUUUGGGUCGCGCUGAUGAUGGCCUCGAUGUCCAAACACACCCCAGAAGUUGGAGCGAUGUCAGACACAUGGUUCGACAAUUCUGCACCACAGAUCAUCUGGAGGCACAGUGGGAGGACUGCUGGUAUUUCGUGGUCGCUAGAUAUUCCAAAGGCGAGUCUCACUGAGUAG